ACAAUUAGAACUAGUUUUUUUUAUUGAAAUUUGAUUUAUUAAAUUAUUAUUUAUACACAACGUUGGUUUCCUUUUCCUGUACUUAGCUAACUAUGUUUAAUUAGGAUAUUUGAUGUUGCUUUGUUUUUAUUUAUCAUAUCGAUUCUAAAAUUAGAUUUGGUAUUGGUCAGUGUAAUUAGAUGACCAAUCAGAUUAGAGUAGCCGGGAGCAUUGAUGCCUAGAGGGGGAUGCUGAUUAAGUUCAUUGUAUAGCCUUGUAGGAGACUGAAAGUAACAGCAGCUAUUAUUUUUGCCUUUUCAACAUUUAUCUAUAUCGUGAUUCCUUUCAAUGAUCAUAUUGGAACUUACUAUUCAUCUUGGAGACGUUUUCAUGUAGUGUUUUCCACAUAUAUAGAAGAUUCUGGGAGUUGUAUUUGUUUGUGUGACUGGUGCAUUAUUUUCCCGCCAUGGGACCUAAGCGAUCUAAUCGAUCGGUACCGUACAAUCCUGAACUACCUGCUAAUUGGACUUCGGCACGUUUGAGAGAAACUCUGAAUUCCCGCGGUAUUAACUUUCCCACCAAUGCUCGCAGAUCCGUGUUGAUACGUUUGAUUGAAGAGAAUGAGAAUGAGAAUCCUAUAAAUAGACCUACGCAGUCCCACAAUGACACAUCCCACAAUGCAACGCAACGAGUAAACAACAAUGGCGAACAGAGAGUGUUGGUAGACUUGGUGUCAAAGUUGACAUCAACGGUUCAAUCGCUGCAACAAAGUGUGGUGUCGUUAAACACUAGAGUGAAUUCUCUUACCGCUCAGGCUAAUAUUCAGUCGGACAAUGCCGUUGCAGGGAGACCGCUUCUCCGGACAGAAACGGCAAGAAAUGCAACACGGGUGACCACCGGUAACAACGAACCUCCAACUUCGGCGGGUCUGUCUACAGUACACGUAUCCACAGACUCUUUGCCCAUUUCUCCGACGAAUGAAAGCCGUGGUUAUGAUCUGGCUUCCGCUUUCUCUGCUUUCCAAUCGCGUCAAGUCUCGGCUGCUGCUGGAUCACCUGGUCAGCUCAACAAUGUGAGGACGACCUAUGGCUACGCUUCUGAAUCAUUACCAUUGGUAGAGACUAUAUCGCCACAACUGAGACAGCAGAUAGUGUCAGAUGCAGAGAUUCCGAACCUUAGCUCCCCAAGCCAACCCCUUUCCAGUGCCUUGCGUGCAUCAUUCGGUGAUGAUGACAGACUAGAUCAGGAGUUGCAGGGACUUUGGGAAGCUUCACUGAACCAGUCAACUCGCAAGACAUAUUCUUCAGCCUUACAGUGUUUUCAGAACUUUAUGAUUAUGAAUGGUGCUAAGUUCUCCAAGCAUGGGUUACCUCUCAUACAAGAAUCAGACCUUGUUUAUUUUGUGACACAUUGUAAAUCGGUGCUGAAAUUGAAACAUGACACCAUUAAAUUAUAUCUUGCUGGCAUUAGGUUUCACUAUAUUAAGUCUGGAUUGGGCGAUGUCUUGAAAGGAUGCGAUCAGUUGCAUUAUGUGUUAAGAGGUGUUAAAAGAUUACAGUCAAAUGUCCAUCACAAGCGUUUUCCUAUUACUACAAGAAUUUUAGCACAAAUAUGGAAUGUUUUAGACCAGGGAGUUUUUUCUCCUUUUGUAGAUCUCAUGUUAAAAUGUAUGUAUUCAUGUGCAUUUUUUGGUUUUUUGAGAUGUGGUGAAAUCACAUGCAAAUCUCAGAAUGUAGAACAAUUUUUACAAAUCUCAGAUGUACAUAUUAAACCAGGAGGAAGUGCUUUUGUUUUGAAAUUAAGAACCUCCAAAACAGAUCCAUUUUCAAAAGGUGUUGAAAUUGUUAUUUUUGAAAAUGACCACUUUAAACCGGUGUACACCAUGAUAUCAUAUUUAGAUGCUCGCAAAUCUCUGUUUAGUUCAAACACUGGCAAAUCGCCAUUAUUUGUAGACAAUGAAUUUAACCUUAAACCCAUGCCAAGAGACACUUUUGUUCUGCAACUGAAAGAGAUACUCCUUCGGAUUGGAUAUGAUGAUAACAAAUUUUCAGGUCAUUCUUUUAGGAUAGGUGCAGCUACAGCAGCGGCUGCAGCUGGUGUUGAAGAUCAUGUUAUUAAAGAAUUAGGUCGUUGGUCUUCAGACUGCUACAACAGAUAUAUUAGAACAGAUGUAGAGGCUGUUCAAAAAGCACAAGUACAAAUGUCAUAUUUGUAAUAUGUUGUUUCUUUUUUUUUUUUUUCUACUGUGUACAUGAGCCUAUUAUUAUUACAUGUUAAAAAUUUUUUUUUUUUUUUUUUCUUUUUUCAUGACUACCGGUUCUUGGGGGCUUCACUCAUUCCUUUCGUUCAUUUGGCUUUCAUUCCUGGGGGAAUUUUGCCCCCAAGGGAUUAUUUACUUAUUACAUACAUUAUUUGUUUAUAUGUACAUGUAUUGUAUUAGAACCUGUAUAUGAAUUAUGUUGGCAGGCGGUAUAUUGUAGAUAUUAGGUUGACACGUUAUUCGGGCAGGAAUCUCGGCCACGUCUAUGUUUCUCUGUAUAUACAUGGUUAAGCUCACAGAUCAGCUCGAGCUUCAUUGGAUUGUAUUCGGGUUUGUUGGUUACCCGCUGGGAUCAGCCCCGGGUAAGCUCCCUGGGAUCAGCCCGGAGCUUCAUUUCCAUUCAGUUUUGCAUGCAUGGGGAUUUGCUCAUUCAGCUCCCUGGGAUCAGCCCGGAGCUUCAGUCUGUUUUCUCGCCCGCUGGGAUCACCCCGGGCAGCUCCUUGGGAUCAGCCCGGAGCUUGUUUUUUGUGUUCAUUAACCCGCUAGAUUCAGUCGCGGGUAGCUCCUUGGGAUCAGCCCGGAGCUUCAUCAAUCCUUUUGGACCCGUUGGGAUCAACCCGGGGUAGCUCACUGGGAUCAGCCAGUUGCUUAGUUGUGGUUUUAGUCCAGAUGGUCGUUCGUGACCUGCUGGGAUCAGCCCAAGGCUAGUUCACUAGAGUUAGUGUAGAGUAGAGUAGAGUACAUAUAGUUAUGUAGUAUUGGAGUUAUAAGAAUGAGAAGCCCCCAGAACGCCAAACUGUAUUUUAUUUUUUGUUGUUUUGUACAUAUUGUAUGUUCUUCUGAUGUAGGCAUGUAUGUUAGUAAUCAAUAUGAGUUUUCAGUUGGAUAUGUAAAUAAAUGUUAAACUCUGACUGUCUGGUGGUUGUGUAUAAAUUGAAAUUUGAUUUAUUAAAUUAUUAUUUAUACACAACGUUGGUUUCCUUUUCCUGUACUUAGCUAACUAUGUUUAAUUAGGAUAUUUGAUGUUGCUUUGUUUUUAUUUAUCAUAUCGAUUCUAAAAUUAGAUUUGGUAUUGGUCAGUGUAAUUAGAUGACCAAUCAGAUUAGAGUAGCCGGGAGCAUUGAUGCCUAGAGGGGGAUGCUGAUUAAGUUCAUUGUAUAGCCUUGUAGGAGACUGAAAGUAACAGCAGCUACCCACCCACCUUCCCCAUCAACUUCCCCGGCUCUCUUCUCUUAUUGGGGCUCCUCAUUCCUUUUGUUCAUGGCGUUCAUUCCUGGGGGAAUUUUGCCCCCAAGGGAUUGUUCAUUCCUGGGGGAAUUUUGCCCCCAAGGGAUUAUUUACUUAUUACAUACAUUAUUUGUUUAUAUGUACAUGUAUUGUAUUAGAACCUGUAUAUGAAUUAUGUUGGCAGGCGGUAUAUUGUAGAUAUUAGGUUGACACGUUAUUCGGGCAGGAAUCUCGGCCACGUCUAUGUUUCUCUGUAUAUACAUGGUUAAGCUCACAGAUCAGCUCGAGCUUCAUUGGAUUUGUAUUCGGGUUUGUUGGUUACCCGCUGGGAUCAGCCCCGGGUAAGCUCCCUGGGAUCAGCCCGGAGCUUCAUUUCCAUUCAGUUUUGCAUGCAUGGGGAUUUGCUCAUUCAGCUCCCUGGGAUCAGCCCGGAGCUUCAGUCUGUUUUCUCGCCCGCUGGGAUCACCCCGGGCAGCUCCUUGGGAUCAGCCCGGAGCUUGUUUUUUGUGUUCAUUAACCCGCUAGAUUCAGUCGCGGGUAGCUCCUUGGGAUCAGCCCGGAGCUUCAUCAAUCCUUUUGGACCCGUUGGGAUCAACCCGGGGUAGCUCACUGGGAUCAGCCAGUUGCUUAGUUGUGGUUUUAGUCCAGAUGGUCGUUCGUGACCUGCUGGGAUCAGCCCAAGGCUAGUUCACUAGAGUUAGUGUAGAGUAGAGUAGAGUACAUAUAGUUAUGUAGUAUUGGAGUUAUAAGAAUGAGAAGCCCCCAGAACGCCAAACUGUAUUUUAUUUUUUGUUGUUUUGUACAUAUUGUAUGUUCUUCUGAUGUAGGCAUGUAUGUUAGUAAUCAAUAUGAGUUUUCAGUUGGAUAUGUAAAUAAAUGUUAAACUCUGA